UAAUAAAAAUAAAAUUAUCUAUAACAUGAAGAAACGGAAUAAAUACAUAAUGAAGAUGUUAUUUCGAAUAGUUAUCAUUCAUCAAAGUUAAUCUAUACUGAUUUAGUAAAAUCUUUAAAUAAGAAAUUAUUUGUUGAAGAUUUUCAAAUCAUCAAAAAUGAAAGAAUUUUUGUUAUUAUUUUUUUUGGGUUCAUUGAUAAUUGAAUAUACAAAUGGAUGCAGUUGUCGCGAUUUAUCACUUCAACAUUUGUUCUGCAAUGCUGACUUCGUUAUUAAAAUACAACUUAAGGACAUUGCGAAAAUGGAAGAGUCAGGAAAAUAUAUAUAUCAUGUUGAUAUAUCAGAAACUUACAGAGCUACUGAUGAAGCAGAAAAAGCACUCAAAGUUAAAUUUUUGGUAACUACUCCAUUCGAUGGAAUGUGCGGUCUUGAUCUUCGGAGCGAUCACGUAGCUAUUGUCGGAGGAAACCUAAGAGAUGGAACACCGGAAAUUAGUAUCUGUGAUUUGCAUAUAGAAAAUUCCGAAAAAAUGGAAGCUGAAUAUGUUAACCUUCGAGAAAAUUUUCCUAAAAAUUGCACGGCAUCGUAAGCUAAUUAAAUUUUUUAUUGUGCAAGAAAUAAAUUAUAAAUUCCGCAAUUUGGUAGAAACAAAAUUUUGAAUGCUGAAUGUUAUAAUCAGGACAUGGCUGGUGGUUAUCGAAUAAAUAAGCUUCUAUUUUUUAAAAAUUAAUUAAUAAAAUUUUAAUACUGUUAUCGCAGUUCAAGGUCAUUGAAUUUUUCUAAAAGUGGGGGGGCUCUGUCGGAGAAUGCCCUUAAUUGAUAUUGUUAUUUAUUAUAUUUAAGAAAUUUUAAAUUGUGAGGUUAUACCGUUAUUCUCUAAUAAUUUACAUUAUAUUAAUAAAAUUAAUUUGAAUAAAAUCGCAUACUGUACAUACAUUUUUUUUUUUAUUUCAAUUACAUUAAAAUUGAUUUCUUUUUGUUUUCAUAUUUAAUAUCUAUGGAGAUAAAUUAUGCCAAGUAGAAUUUAUUAAAUAAGUAGAUGUCUAUCAGUUUGACAACUGAAGUGUUUGAUAAAUAAUUCAGCGUUUAAAUUAUUCAUUAUAAUGACUAAAUUUCGAGAAAAGGAUAGUACGUUGAUUUGUUUGAAACACUCGCACAGGACUUGAGCAAAAUUGCUACUGGAAAAAAUUCUUACCCCACCACUGCCAUUUUCGGGGCUGCGCAUGCGUUGAACAGUAAUCUAGUGGUGGGCAAGUAAAAAUCGUAACUGUAUCUUGAACCGCUAAAUUUAUAGAUGCCA